AUGGCCGCGACUUCAACAGCACCCCCAAGCGUGCUCGACACGCCCUCUUCGGCGCCCUCGGCUAGCUCAUCGACGCACACGCACAUCCCGGAACCCGGCGACAUUCCCGGCGACUUCAAGUCGAGUUUGGUCGCCUGGUGGUCCUCGAACGGAUACCGCGACGCACGGCUGGCCGAGGAACGACUCCUGCGCAAGAUGCCGUUCUACACGCCGUCGCUGCGUCCCGAGUCCAAGUCGUGGUUCUGGAACAAUGCCUCCAGCGCCUCUCUCCCGAACGAGACCGAGGACACGCCAGAGCAGGGCACGGGGCUCGUGGCGCGCGUGCGCAAGGUCUUCGUGCCCACGCCGGACCCGCAUGCCGCCCCGCCGCGGCCGGAUGUGCCCGCUGCCUCGGAUGUCGAGUCGAUCUCGAGCGGAGGCAGCAGCAAGGCCGCCAAGCGGCUCAGCCGCGUCUUGCACCACGACAAGGAGCGGAAGGGGGACUACAUCAACACGCUCGAGUUUACGACGCCUCAGACGACUGGGUCCCGCGAGGCCGUAGUCGUUUUGCACGGGUAUGGAGCAGCGCAGGGCUUCUUCUUCAAGAACUGGGCCUCGGUGUCUCGCUCCGCGGCCGCGACGGGCCGCCGGACCUUCUUCCUCGACUGGCUCGGUAUGGGUCUCUCCUCCCGCCCGAGUUCGCACUUGCUCUCCUCCAAGCAGCACUCUGUGGAAUCACGCGUCGCCACAGCCGAGCACUUUUUCCUCGACUCGCUCGAGAACUGGCGCCGGCAAGAAGGGAUCGACAAGAUGUUGCUUGUGGGCCACUCGCUCGGCGGAUAUCUCUCCACAGCCUACGCCAAGCGGCACCCGGACCGUGUGUCCGCCUUGGUCCUCCUCAGCCCCGUCGGGUUCCCGCACAACCCGGACGGAAGCACCAGACCGCUCCCCGUCGGCGCCGACGGGCGGAAGGUCGACGGCAUCGUGGCCGGAAGCAACGACCAGGCCGAAGCGGCAGUGCAUAAGGAACUGGGCGCGGACCAGGCCAACCUGCAGCGCACGACUUCCGCUGGCCCCGCCACCGAGGCAACCGAUAGGGACGAGCACAUCAAGGGCGAAGCGCGGCAGUGGCGGAACGACUCGCCCAGUACGUAUCGCAAGAUCGCGACGCGCUCGAUCCUGUGGGCCUGGGAACGGGGCUUGUCGCCCUUCUCCCUCAUGCGGUCCUUGGGGCCGUGGGGACCCCUGCUGGUGGGCAAGUACACGAUGCGCCGGUUCAGUGCGCAGGACCCAGACGACAUCCGCGCGCUCCACGCAUACAUCUACGGCGUGACUGCGAUGCGCGGCAGUGGCGAGUACUGCAUCUCCCACCUCCUCGCUCCGGGGGCGUAUGCGCGCAUGCCCCUCGUGGAGCGUAUUGCCGGCCUCAGCGUGCCCGUCACGUUCGCAUACGGGGAUAACGACUGGAUGGAUGUCAAGGGCGGGAACGACGCGCAGGAACGCCUGAGGGAGGCGGGCAAUGCCGACGUGCACGUCAAGGUCGUCAGUGGGGCCGGUCACCACCUCUACCUCGACAAUCCGGAGGAGACGAACCAGCUCAUCGACGAGGCGAUUAGGGCCGUGCCGAACCGUGGAUAG